AGCUUCAUUUUGGGGUUUCUUGGACGAUAUGUGUGAAGCAGUCGCAUUAACUGCAAAUGCUGUUGAUGAUCAAGUAAUGGUCAAUGAGGUACUCAUUGGUAGUGGAAUCAAAUGGAACAACACUACACAACCAUUUAAUAACCCUGGAAACAUAGUCGGCAUGACAACAGAAGGACUUUUAGUGAGAACCCUAUCUGCAAAAGAUUCCUGCCGAAUUACGUGUUAUAAAAGAAAGAAACAUUAUGUAUGGCACACUAGACGUAAGUCUGAAAAUACAAACUGGUUACUGAAAAAUGACUGGGAAAAGUUGUUGACUAAAGGGAAUAACAUAACAAUGCUAGUUAACCAGACUUUACAUUUAAACUUAAAGGAGAACUUGAACAGCAG